AUGCAGAUCGCUUGGGCUGUGUGCUCUGUGUGUGUCUUAAUACAAAUUGCAUUUCGAUCUGUGGAAGGGUGGCAAAUGUUUAAAAAUGAUGCUACAGAAAUCGUUCCUGAGAUCACUGAAAAUACAGAAACACCGAUGGAGCAGACUUUCAGCAACAACAACACAAUGAACCAGGCAAAGCAUGGAGGAAGACACAUACAACAAGCUCCAGACCCUAAUGAUGCUUCCGACUUUAGCUGCAGAGAAAUGCGAACCACCCGCUACAUCACAGAGGGUACUUGCCGCAGCAUCAAGCCUGUCAAGGAACUGGUCUGCUCUGGUCAGUGUGUCCCCUCACACCUCCUUCCCAACUCUAUUGGUAGAGGGAAGUGGUGGCGUCAGAAUGCCCUGGAUUAUCGCUGCAUUCCUGCUCACACUCGCACGCAGCGCAUCCAGAUGGCUUGUCCCGAGGAAGAGACUCGGACUUACAAAUUCCGAGCUGUCACAUCCUGCAAAUGCAAGCGCUACACUCGCUACCACAACCAGUCUGAGCUGAAGGACUUUGGAAAGGAAACUGUCAGGCCUCAGAAGAACAAGAAGCCCCGUCUCUCCAGAGCCAGGAGCAGCAAAUCUAACCAGCAUGAGUCAGAAAAUGCUUAUUAGAAGGUGGCUCUGAGUGAUACAGCCUAGCAGCUCUGGAUAUUUUACAAAACAUCAAAUGGCACUCACAGGCCACAGCAUGACGUUCUGAC